UUAUAAUUAUCUUGUACUCAAUUAUAUUUUUAAUAUAAAUAAACUUAUAGAUUAAAUAUGCUGUACGAAGACUCUUCCAGUGAAAAGAGUGAAUUGAACAGAUUCCAUCACCAUCAAAUGGAGGAUUCAACUUCAAGUGAAUCAGAUACUCCUGUUGCAUUCACCAGAUCUCAUUAUGAACAACAUGUAGAUGGCUUAAGAAGAGAAUCUGUAUCAUCAAGAAGAAAUUCAACUUCUUCAUUACAUAGAUCUCUUGAAAUUAUACGGAAAACUUUAUCCGGUGAAACAAAUCGUUCAACUGAAAAAGUUGUUGAUAACAGUCAAUAUGCCGUAAAGGGAAUCUAUGGAGAUUUAGAUAGUGAAGAAAUAGAAUUACAAAGACAAGCUACUAAGACGACUAUCUUAAACGAAUUAAAAGUAAAGCAAGAAGACAAGGAAGAAUUUAAUAAUAAUUUAGAAAAGAUUCCAACUGCUGCAUUAGCUGAUCAAACUGUUCCAAUUGAAAAUGAUGGUGAAGAAUUUAAUGCCAUCGAUCCAGAAUUAAUUACUUGGAAGGGUAAUGAUGACCCAGAAGAUCCAAAGAAUUGGUCAUUGGUAUUAAAAUGGGGUUUGGUCGGAUUUGUUGCACUUUAUGCUUUAGUAGCUCCGAUGUCUUCUUCUAUGUUAUCACCAGCAAUGUCAGAAAUUGAAAAGGAAUUUCAUAUCACAAAUCCUAUUAUUGGUUCGAUGGUUGUCUCUAUACAAAUUUUAGCUUGGGCUUUAGGUCCAUUAAUCAUUGCUCCAUUAAGUGAACACGACAAUAUUGGAAGAAAACUCGUCCUUGAUGUUUCUUGUUGGAUGUCUCUCUUCUUUAACAUCGGUUGCGCAUUUUCUAGAAAUACAGGUCAAAUGAUGGUCUGUAGAUUUAUUGGUGGUUUAUUUGGUUGUGUUCCAAUGAAUGUCUGUGCUGGUGUUAUAUCUGAUUUAUUUGACGCAAAAUCAAGAAAUUGGCCUCUAGCUGGUUACUCAUUAGUUCCUUUGUUAGGUCCAGUCAUUGCUCCUGUUGUUGCAGGUUUCAUUGUUGAAAAUAUGCAAUGGAGAUGGGUAUUUUAUGUCUUAUGCUUUUUUAAUGGAUUUGUUGCCAUCGUUAACACUAUCUUCUUUAAAGAAACUUACGCUCCUACUUUAUUGAAGAGAAAGGCUAAUAAAUUAAGAAAAGAAACCGGUAAUCAAGAUUUACAUACUAUUUAUGAGAUUACUGAAACUGAAAGUGCUUUAGGUAAAAUGUAUACUUGUAUGGUUAGACCAAUCAAGUUAUUAUUCACUCAUCCAAUGAUUGUUGGUUUAGGUUCAUUCAUGGCAUUUACUUAUGGGUUUAUGUAUCUUAUGAUUGUUACUUUCCAAACCAUUUAUGGAAAACAAUAUGGAUUUGACAAAGGAAUUACUGGGUUGAUGUAUAUUCCUAUGGGAGUUGGUUUUACAGUGGGUGUCUUAGUUUGGACUUAUUUAAUUGGAAUAACAUUUAAUAAUUUAACUAAAAAGAAUGGAGGAGUCUCUAAACCAGAAUAUAGAUUACCAAUGUUAUUUAUUGCAUCUUACUUUAUUCCUGUUGGAUUAAUUUGGUUUGGUUGGUCCGUAGAAAAAAAAUUACCUUGGAUUAUGUCUAGUAUCGGUUCAGCUAUUUUUGCUUGUGGUUUAGUAUGUGUUUUCCAAUCCUUACAAAGUUAUUUAAUUGACAUGAAUGUUAGAUAUGCUGCAUCAUCAGUUGCAGCAGCUGCAUUAUUCAGAUCCUUAUUUGGAUUUACAUUUCCAUUAUUUGCUGAUAAGAUGUAUGACAGAAUGGGUUAUGGAUGGGCCAAUACCAUGUGUGCUAUUAUUGGUUUAUUAUUAGGUGUUCCAUUCCCUAUUGUUUGCUACAUGUACGGUGAAAGAAUCAGAGGUUGGGCUGAUGCUAGACUCGAAAGAGAACAAUUAGAAAAAGAGCAAAAAGCUGCUCAAAAGAAAACUAUGGUUUAAGCUAUUAGUAUUCACUCAAUUAUUGCAUUAUUUUAGUUCUAUAUAUCUAAUUAUUUUACGGUUAUUAUUUAUUAUUUUUGCAUAUUAAUAUAUUAAUAGAUAGAAAAA